GCUCCUCCCCCUGGCACUGCAGCAACCCAGACUGCAGCCUCAGCCGCCGCCCGCAUCCCUCCAGCCUCCGCAGCACCCGCCGCCUCCAGCACUAUGGCCAGCACCAUGACCGCCUACAGGGAGAAGAUGAAGGAGCUGUCGGUGCUCUCCCUCAUCUGCUCCUGCCUCUCCCCGCGGCCGCACCCCAACACCAUCUACCAGUACGGGGACAUGGAAGUGAAGCAGCUGGACAAGCGGGCCUCUGGCCAGAGCUUCGAGGUCAUCCUCAAGUCACCUUCUGACCUGUCCCCAGAGAGCCCCGUGCUCUCCUCUCCCCCCAAGAGGAAGGACACAUCCCUGGAGGAGCUGCAGAAGCGGCUGGAGGCGGCCGAGGAGAGGAGGAAGACGCAGGAGGCGCAGGUGCUGAAGCAGCUGGCAGAGAGGCGCGAGCACCAGCGGGAGGUGCUGCACAAGGCGCAGGAGGAGAGCAGCAACUUCAGCCGCCUGGCGGGGGAGAAGCUGCACCACAAGAUGGAGCUCAGCAAGGAGAUCCGCGAGGCGCACCUGGCCGCGCUGCGGGAGCGGCUGCGCGAGAAGGAGUUGCACGCGGCCGAGGUGCGCAGGAACAAGGAGCAGCGAGAGGAGAUGUCUGGCUGAGCAGCUACAGCCAGGGAGCACCAGGCUGUGGCCGUGUGAAAUGGCACUGUUCCUCCUCCCUCCCCCCAGCUUAAUGCUUCUCUACCGUAUUCCGUUGUCCAGCCUGGUGGUGAGUCGCUGACAUUGCCACCAGGUGUGUGAGACCCCAG